CUUGGUGGGAGUUUCAAAACAUCCUUUGAAGACCAUGAAUCAAAAGGCCCACUGAUGAAGUGAAACAAUGGAAAACUGCUUUCGCUGAAGUAGGGACACUAAAAGGAAUUCAUAUAAAAGACGACAAACCUGAAACCAAGUAUAUCAAUGAGAUUGUUGAUGAUGUUACAAGAAAACUGAUGAACACUGUGCCUAGAAGCACUUCUGAAAAAUUGUUUGGAAUGGAUUAUCAGAAAAAGAUAAUUCUGGGUCUGAUUGAGCAAGAAGAUUGUCGGGUAAUAGGACUUUGGGGAAUGGGUGUAUUGGCAAAACUACCCUUGCUGAUGUUGUAUACAAGGAAGUGUCUCCAAAGUUUGAAAGUCGUUUGUUUGUUGAAAAUGUUCGUGAGAAAAUAAAAAACAGGGAAUGAGUCUUUACGAAAUGAACUCCUUUCUAAACUAUUAAACGAAAAAGAAAUUUGUAUUGAUACCCCUUCCAUAGGAUACCCAUACCAAGAGAGGUUGAACAAUAAAAGAGUACUUGUUGUCCUUGAUGAUAUUAGUGACUCAGACCAAAUAGAUUUUAUGGGUGUUGAACAUUUUGGUCUUGGAAGUAAAAUCAUUAUAACAUCUAGAGAUAGACAGGUACUUAAGAAUGGAAGAGCUAACCACAUACACGAGGUAAAGAAGCUAAAUACGAAUGACUCUUUCAAACUUUUUUCAACAUUUGCAUUGAAGAUGUUGAAUCCAGCAGCUGAUUUUCGAGAUCUACUGCACAAGUUUGUAAAAUACGCCCAGGGUAAUCCACUUGCUCUUAAAGUUUUGGGUUCUAAACUAUAUUCAAAGUCUAGAAAAGAGUGGGAGAGUGAGGUGGAUAAACUAAAGCAAUAUGCUGAACCAAAAAUUUCACGUAUUUUGGAGAGUAGCUUUGACGGGCUAGGUGUAGUAGAGAAGAAUAUAUUUCUUGACAUAGCAUGCUUCUUUAAAGGGGAACCCUUGGAUAUUGCAGAAAAAAUUCUAUGUAGUUAUUAUUCAGGUGCAACCUGUGGAAUAAGAAAUUUGGUCGACAAGUGCCUACUUGAUAUCAAAGAUGAUAUAUUUAUUUCUACACAUGAUAUGCUUGAAGAGAUGGGCAAAGACAUUAUUAUGCAAGAAUCUAGACAUCCUGGAAAACGCAGUAGGUUAUGGAAUCAUAAAGACGUGAAAGAAGUGCUCAAAUAUAACAAAGGGACAGAUCUAAUUGAAGGAAUAAAGUUAGACUUGACUCAAAUUGAUAACCUACAGUUUUGUGCUACUACUUUUGAGAAGAUGCAUAAGCUUAGAUAUAUCGACUUCAAGUUUCGUCUGAAUAAUAUUGCAACGUUAUAUCAAGACCAAUUUAAGUAUAAGAAGCUAUAUGCAAGCCAAGUUGAAAGUAUACCUCUUCCUGAUGAACUAAGAAUUCUUAGAUGGGAUCAUUACCCCUUCAAGUCUUUAUCGGGUUUUAAUCCAAAAAAUCUUGUUGUGUUGAGAUUACGGAAUGGCAACAUGAAACAACUUUGGAAUGAAGAUGAUCAUAUGGAUCUUGUUAAUUUAAGGGAAAUUGACAUUUCAAAUUGCAAGAAUUUAAGGAAGAUGCCUAAUUUUUCUGGAGCCAUCAACCUUAAACUCCUUCGAUACUCUAAGUGUGAAAGUUUGGUUGAACUUCCUUGCCUCGAUUAUUUGGUAUCUCUCUUCAACUACGGGUUUAGAAUCCAUGGAGGUUGUAGUAGUCUCGAGAAGAUUUCUCAGGUACCAAGUCACUUUCAUUCUUUGGACAUAUCAGGAAUUGGAACACAAGAAGUGCCUAAUUCAAUUGAGCAUCUCAUCAAACUUGUAAGCUUGUUGGUCAAAAAAAUAUCGAUCAAUAUUUCAAAGUUGGAAUCCCUUUUUGAACUAGAUCUUAGUAAUUGUCCAAUAAUCAAGUUUCCAGAAAUCCCAAGAAGCUUAACAGAAUUAAACUUAUCUGGCACUCAAAUUGAAGAAGUGUCAUUACCUUUCGACUCUCUAUGUAAUCUUCGGACCUUAAAUAUGAGUGGCUCAAGGGUAAAAAAGUAUCGAUCAAGUUGGAAUCCUUCGUAAUUUGGAUCUUAGUCAUUGCCCAUUGGUUGAAUUCGAAAAUCCCAAAAAGCCUAACAAGCUUAAACCUAUCUGGGACUCUAAUCGAAGAAGUAUCCUCUUCUUUUGAACCUUUGGGUUAUCUUAAGGACAUAUAUUUGAGUGGCACAAGGGUAAAAUGUGUAUUGGUGAAGUUGGAAUCCCUUCGUUGUCUAAAUCUUAGUCGUUGCCCAAUCAUGAAAUUCCCAGAAAUCCCGAGAAACUUAAUAAGAUUAGACUUAUCUGGAACUCAAAUUGAAGAAGUGGCCUUGUCCUUAGACACUUUAAGUAAUCUUCACUACUUAAAUAUGAGGGCCUCAAGUAUUCAAAAGCUACAGUGUGGUAUUGUUCUGUUCGAUUCGAAAGAUAUUCCAAGUGUUGAUGUGCCCUCAUCAGUCUUUAGGUUUAAAAGCCUUAAAGGUUUGAGAAUGGACCAUUGUAGGAGCCUUAAAUUACUCUUAGAGCUUCCACCAUAUCAACAAAUCUUGUAUCUACAUGACUGCACAUCAUUAGAACAAGUAUCCUUCGCUGAUCAAAAUUUAUAUCAGUUUGAUUCAUUAGGUGAUGAUGAUGACUAUGUGUUUAGUAUGUUAUUUUGUAAUUGCUUCAACCUGAACCAAGAGUCAAUUGAUAACAUUGAGGCAAAUGCCAUGAUCAAAAUUGGAUCCCUAGCUAAGAAAUGGGCAUCGAGAUGUGAUUGGGAUCCCUUACAACACAUUCCAAGUUUGGUUUGUUGUUUUCCGGGAAACAAAAUUUCAGCAAAUAAGUUUGAGUGUCAGAGCAUGAAGUCUUCCUUAACAUUAAAGAUAGCUCCAAAUGGGUGUAGUGGGAGCAGAUUUUUGGCUUUUGCUAACUGCCUUGUGGCCGAUAUCACUCACUGCCGUCACCUUGAAUGUCUUGAAUAUAUUUGUGAAUACCAAUUGGCAGCCGCUGGUGGUAGCAGUUAUGAAAAGUUCAAAAGUAAGGUAUUUUUGAUCGGUGCUUUUGAGCUAGAGAAGUACAUGGGUGAUUAUGUGUUCAUUCUAUCUAGCAUCGACUUGGUUAAAGAAGACAAGAAUUAUGAGGAGGCAUCACUUGAAUUCUACAUCAGAAAUUUCAAUUAUUAUGAAGAAGAAGCAGAAGAAUAUAUCGAGGUGGUGAGAUGUGGUGUUCAUGUUUUUUAUGUGGCUGCACAGAGUGAUACUGAUGCUAUACAAACGAGACAUGCUGGGAACAAAAGAAACUUUAGCAAUGAUGAUGAAGAAGGGGAUGCAUGGCCUAAAUGAUUGAAAUAGUUUUAUUUCUAUCCUUCUUUGGCUCUGCUUUUGAGGAGUUACAACUUCUCAAUAUUGUCAUCUAAAUGCAUAGGUAAUUAGGUUUCAUUCCAUUUUUUUUAUAUUAACAUACAUUUUUCUGCCAUUCUUAAUGGUAAUUUUUAACUUGUAAAUUGCCUGUGAAAGAAAAUGAAGUGCUUUAAUUAAUUAAAA